UAGGAUCAACCUGUGACGUGUCCGAUUCGUUUUAGAACUCUCUCUCUCUGUACUUCGGCAAUGGCGGAAGACGGAAGAACCGCUGCCUCCGAAUCCGAUCCCCAUCUGGGAAUGCGAACCGCGGAUAGUAUUGACUCUGUGAGGCCCCAGACACCAGAUAUUUCUGGCUUCAAGAUGCCUUCUACCCUCGUGUCGCCUGGAAUGGUUCCUAUAUUGAAUCCAGAGUACAAUGAACUUGGUGUAGGAAUUUAUGCUAUUCAGUGUCUUCCAUCUAUGAGUCCAAUGCCUGGCUUUUCUCCUGCAACUCUAAUCCCAUUGAAGUAUAACAUACCUACGAGGCCAAGUUUUGGAGGAAUUAGUAAUGAGCAUGGGCAGGAAGUGAGGCAACAACGUGGACCUCAAAGACAACCUGUAGUAAGGCGAUUGCAAUUUGCAUUUCAACUUGACUUGGGUCUAAUCAUCAAGUUGGCAGCGAUGGUUUUUCUUUUUAGCCAAGAUGGGUCACCACAGAAGCUUUUGCUUCUUAUUUUCUUUGCGACAUUUGUGUACCUGUAUCAAACUGGAGCACUUGCUCCUUUCAUACGAUGGCUUCAGCAAGCAGCGGCUCCCCCUCGACCACAUGCUCCUCCACCGCAGCAGAAUGUUCCUCCUCUUGAUCAUGAUGGUCAGCAUAAUUCUCAACCACCAGGUGCAGGCGAACACAACAACAUCGACCAGCCGAAUCAGGACCAACCUCCCCAAAACCUGGAAGAAGUUGAUGGGAACCAGAAUCAUCCACAGCCAGAACGAGCUGGAAACAAUUUUUGGCGAGUGGUGAAAGAGAUCCAGAUGUUUGUCGUCGGGUUCUUGGCUUCUCUCCUUCCAGGUUACCAUCCCAACAAUGAUUAAGUUUCCUCCAUUAUCAUCCCACUCCAAACAAAAUGGUUUAAAAUGUGGUUAGAUUCUUGAUCAGCUUAUUGUAACUUGAGGUUCUUGUUUCUUAUAUUAAAAUGGAUUCCUGUCAUGUAAUAUAGUAUGGUAAAAGGAGACAAUUUGUGGUGCGUUUCGAUCGA